AUGCCCGCAAUACAGAUCACAACCAAAGCCGAAUUCGACGCUCUGCUCGAGUCCCACCCAUACGUGACCCUCGUGGCCACUACCUCAAAGAAUGCCCUAAACAGACUCGUGGGCCCUACUUUCAACAAGAAAGCCGACGAGUAUGCGUCCAUCGCAGGCAAAUACGCUCUGGCCCGUUUCAAUAUCGAUGAGGUCCCUGGAAUUGCUGAGGAACUGAAUGCCGAUAUUAACCGGACACCGAUACUGAUCAACAUUAGAGGCGGGGAGGUUCAUGAAUCAUGGAUGGUGCAUGCACCUCAGAUGGUUCAGCAGUUCGUUGACCGCUUUGCGGCGAAGGCUACUGAGGGGAACUAA